CUGUGGCUUUUCUCCCGUCGGGAGAUUGUUAUAUUUUUUAUCUAAUUAUUUUUAUUAGGCAAUCGUUUUAACAGCGUACAAAUCGGUAUACGUAUUUAGUGUUUAAGGAUAGAUUUUAUUUACGUGAAGAGAUGGACGAUCCGAAUAGAAUGAUGGCGCACAGCGGCGGGCUGAUGGGUCCGCAAGGGUACGGGUUGGCCGGAGGAGAAGGCGCCCCGGCGGCCGGGGACGGCGAGGCACGCAAGCAGGACAUCGGCGAGAUCCUGCAACAGAUCAUGAACAUCACGGACCAGAGCUUGGACGAGGCGCAGGCUCGCAAGCAUACGCUCAACUGCCACAGGAUGAAGCCAGCACUCUUCUCGGUGCUGUGCGAAAUCAAGGAGAAGACGGUACUGUCACUCCGCAACACGCAAGAGGAGGAGCCUCCAGACCCACAGCUGAUGCGCUUGGACAACAUGCUGAUCGCUGAGGGAGUGGCCGGGCCAGAGAAGGGUGGCGGUGCGGGCGCCGCUGCCUCUGCCUCUGCUGCGGCUGGUGAAUGGGACAACGCCAUCGAGCACUCGGACUACCGCGCGAAGUUGGCGCAGAUCCGGCAGAUCUACCACCAGGAGCUGGACAAGUACGAGAACGCGUGCAACGAGUUCACCACACACGUGAUGAACCUGCUGCGCGAGCAGAGCCGCACGCGGCCCAUCACGCCCAAGGAGAUCGAGCGCAUGGUGCAGAUCAUCCACAAGAAGUUCAGCUCCAUCCAGAUGCAGCUCAAGCAGUCCACUUGCGAGGCGGUCAUGAUCCUGCGCUCCCGUUUCUUGGACGCCCGUCGCAAGCGCCGCAACUUCAGCAAGCAGGCGUCCGAGAUACUCAACGAGUACUUCUACUCGCACCUCUCCAACCCUUACCCCAGCGAGGAGGCCAAGGAGGAGCUCGCGCGCAAGUGUGGCAUCACCGUCUCGCAGGUGUCCAAUUGGUUCGGCAACAAGCGCAUCCGCUACAAGAAGAACAUCGGCAAGGCGCAGGAGGAGGCCAACCUCUACGCCGCCAAGAAGGCCGCCGACCUGUCCUGGAUCGGCGCAGCGCGCGAGCGCUCGCCCCCCGGCAGGGCUACUUCAAAUUACACGGCAGGCGCGUCCCCGUACUCGAUGGGCGCGGCGUCCGGCACGGCCACGCCCAUGAUGUCGCCGGCGCCCACGCAGGACUCCAUGGGCUACUCGCUGCCCGCGCCCGGCUACGACCAGCCGCAGCCCGGCUACGACGGCUCCAUGGGCUACGACCCCAUGCACCAGGACCUCUCGCCGUAGUCGCCAGGCUACGGACCUUAUUCACUUGCGCAGCUUCCACUGAAUUGCCAUUUACGUAACUCUACUCUAGGUCCUUAACGGCUCUCAAGCCCUAGCAUAGUACAUUGUAUACUGUAACUUAUAAUACUUACAAACUCACAUGUAGCGUGCUAUUUUUGGAAAGACAUUUAAUUUCACCUUGUCUCACGUUCGAUCCGACAGUGUCCAGUAUUUAUUUGUUUAGUUUCGGACACAAAAAGUACUUAAAAACGUAUUUGUACCUCAAUUGUACUGUAAAUGGUUGAUGCGUGGACUCUCAUGCACAGGCCGUCCUUGAGUGGCACUUCCGUGUUCGAAAAUUACCGAACAAUGUGACUAUGGUCUCCCGGCUUUGACAAUUUAUCGCACUUUUCUGAUCCAAGACGGAAUUGUUGAAAUAGCCUUCUCAUUUAUACUAGGAAUGUAACAGAAAAUUAUUAGUGUCAGCUGUGAAUUAUCGACGUUGUGUAAUAGGUGACCAGUAUCCCUUUUUCUUCUAAACAGAUUAGAUUCGCAGGCUUUUUAUUUUAUAUACACGCUGCAUAAAAUUAUCAAAUCGUGGUGAUGUUACAAUUUUAAUCAACUCAUGAUAGACUCAUGAUUGUAAGAAACAGUGUGAACAAAACAAAUCAAAUAAUAAGAGCUGGGAUCAAGCCAGGAAACCAGUUCUAGGAACCUAAAUGUUUGCUUACAAGGACCUGCGUCUUAUGUUAUGACAAUUAUUUUGUCUAUUGACUAACGGAAGUGCCACGAAUAGUCCUUUAUUAUGGUAUUAUUUUUAUUUCGACCAGUGAAAUCAGAAAUUAUUGGAAGUUAUUAUUUGGCAGUAUUAGUAGUAAUCACUACGGAUGGGGUCGUUUCAUUUUGUCUUUCUCUACGGUGGAUAUGAUACGAUAUGUAGAUUUAAGCUAUCUUAUAGUUAGUAAGUGUUCGGAUAUUUUGUGCUGACGCGGCGAUGCGGUGGAGUAGUGGGGCUGACUAUAUUUAUACAACUACCAAUACGGUAACCACCUUUUUUACAAACCUUAUUUUGUUCAAGAUGUCGAUCCGACAAUAGAUACUGAAAUGUCUAUACUAGAGUAUAUAAAAAACUUAUUUUUAGGUUACUAAAAAUAUACAACAAAUAAUUAAAUAUACGCUUGCAUUUACUUAGUUAACUGCCUAGACUGAAUUACUAUCAAAUAUAAAUAAUGCAAUUUUUGUGAACAGGGUUUACUCUAUUCAUAGGGUUACCCUAUUCAUAUAUCCGGUUGCUCCACCGCACGCGAUGUCUUCUAUUUGUGUGCAAUUUGAAAGCGUACUAUAUUCACUAGAGCAUUUGCAAUGUCUCGAUAUGCCAAGGCAAUAGUUCAAAACAUGGGAAAAAAGUAAAGUUGCAUAAAAAUUGUGCAUUUUGCUUCAUUACCAGAUUCAAAUAUCGAGUAGGCUCGCUUUAUCACUAUAUUUAUAUUUUGUUUUUGUUGAUUGCCGCUAUGAUGUAGUACAUAAUAGUUCAGCGUCGUAUUUCCUCGGAAACGUUCGUAUUUGUCAGGCUAGUUCGGUCGACGUUAGUGCUUCUUGUACUGAGACUGUAAUUGAAUGACUCGUUUGUGAGUUUCCGUGAAAAUACGAAGGAGAAACAUUUACU